GGUGAUGAAGUCCAAUAACCUCACUCAUAUUCCGGAGCUCGACGGCUGCAAAGAGUUGAGAUUAUUGGACCUGGCGAGCAACCGCAUUGGCAGCCUGGAAGGCAGGCCCUUCCGACAGUUGGCCAAACUGCACGAUCUCAUGCUGUCGCACAACUCCAUCACGCACCUGCCAGAGCACGCCUUCCAGGGCCUGUCCAACCUUCAGCGCCUGGACCUGGAGAGCAAUGUCAUCGUGGACAUCCAUCCACGUGCUUUUGUGCCAUUUAAUAAGCUGCAAGACUUGAACCUGGGCAACAACGUGUUCCCGGAGCUGCCGUCGCUGGGCGUGGGCCAGCUGCUGCACCUGAAGGCGUUCAACAACCCGGCGCUGCGCGAGUUCCCCCCGCCGGAGAGCUUCCCGCACAUCCAGACGCUGGUGCUCUCCUACGCCUACCACUGCUGCGCCUUCCUGCCGCUGCUGCAGGCCGACCCCGCGCCCACGCCCGCCGUCGUCGAGACCAUCAUCUACCCGGGCAAGGAGCUCGACAUGAGCCUCUGGAACUCCUCCACCACCGACGUCUGGCCGCAGAUGCACAACAUGACGAAGAAAUUCGGGUCGCAGAUGAACCACAUAUGGGACAAGUUCGGCAACGACUUCACGUACCCCGGCGCGCUGCCCACGGACGAGUACUUCGAGGACCAGGACGGCCACUUGGGGGGCAGCGACGCGCCGCCCAACAAGGUGCAAUGCCUGCCUCUGCCCGCCAUGCUGGGCAACGGCACCGUCGUCUUCGUGCUCAUCUUCUCGCGCUCCAAGAUGGACGUGCCGCGCUUCCUCGUCUGCAACCUGGCCGCCGCCGACUUCUUCAUGGGCAUCUACUUGGGGUUCCUGGCGGUGGUGGACGCGUCGACGCUGGGGGAGUUCCGCAUGUACGCCAUCCCGUGGCAGAUGUCGGCCGGCUGCCAGCUCGCGGGCUUCCUGGGCGUGCUGAGCAGCGAGCUGAGCGUGUACACGCUGGCCGUGAUCACGCUGGAGCGCAACUACGCCAUCACGCACGCCAUGCACCUCAACAAGCGGCUGUCGCUGAAGCACGCGGGCUACAUCAUGGCGUGCGGCUGGAGCUUCGCGCUGGUGAUGGCGCUGCUGCCGCUGCUGGGCGUGUCUGACUACCGCAAGUUCGCCGUGUGCCUGCCCUUCGAGACGAACGGCGCCGCGUCGCUGGCCUACGUCGUCUUCCUCAUGUUCAUCAACGGCGUCGCCUUCCUCAUCCUCAUGGGCUGCUACCUCAAGAUGUACUGCGCUAUUCGUGGGUCUCAGGCGUGGAACUCGAACGACUCGCGCAUCGCCAAGCGGAUGGCGCUGCUGGUGUUCACGGACUUCGUGUGCUGGUCGCCCAUCGCCUUCUUCUCGCUGACGGCCGCCUUCGGGCUGCAGCUGGUGUCGCUGGAGCAGGCCAAGGUGUUCACGGUGUUCGUGCUGCCGCUCAACAGCUGCUGCAACCCGUUCCUCUACGCCAUCCUCACCAAGCAGUUCAAGAAGGACUGCGUGCUCAUCUGCAAGGCCAUCGAGGAGUCGCGCGUCACCCGCGGCAUCGGCCGCUGUCGCCACAGCUCCAACUUCUCCAACAGCCUGGUGGACCGGUCGUCGCGCGAGCACGCGGGCCACCACGCGCAGCAGUGCACGUGCUCGGCCAAGCUGCUGGGCGACAGCGGCGCGGGCAGCUCGAUCGCCGAGAUCCAGCAGAAGCAGCACAAGCGCGCGAGCUCGGUGUCGUCGAGCGAGAACUUCAGCUCGUCGCGCUCCGACUCGUGGCGCCAGCACCACCACCACUGCGGCAUCCCGCUGCGCCUGCUCGACCCCAAGCGGCGCGCCUCCUCGUGGCUGGUGACGCGCAAGACGUCGCAGGACUCCAACCUGUCGAGCUCGCGCAACGACUCGUCGGGCUCGGCCACCACGGCCAGCACCAGCACGUGGCGCAUGUCGCGCUCCUCCGCUUCCAGCGACGCCCGCGCCUGCGCACAGGCCGCCGUGCUGGCGGCGGAGCGCGCGCCGCUGACGGGGCCGCUGGGGCAGGUGUCGGUGCAGCAGGCGGCGGCGGCGCGCGUGAUUGGCGCGAGCGGGGGCGCGCGGCGGCUGGCGCGGCGACCGGCCGCGGCCAAGUGCGCGGCCGCGUCAAGCCGCGCCUCACCGCGCGCCAGAGCGCCGUCGCUG